AUGUCGUCCAGAGCAAACAGACGUAAGGAGAUUCAGGAGAAACAAGACCUCCAAGCAAAGUUCCAGCUUUCCAUUCAGCAAAUGAACACGAAGGUGUCCAAUUGGUUAUCAUCACCUGAAAAGAAAGAGGCCCAACCGGAAAUACCUGCUGACAAUCCAUUUCUACAGUUACCUAUCAUUCCACAAGGGGGGACUUUAUCCAACAUGAAAGAUUUGAGCACAGUGAAAGACUUUGUCGAAGGAGACGGCAAGAAACCUCACGGAAUAGAGAAAGAUAAAAAGACAUCUACAUCACAACCAAUGACCGCUUUAUUAAAUAGGAUAAGAGAUGAGCAACGUCGAAAUACAGCCAAUAAAUUUAAGGCAAACGGAACAGGAAAAGUACACAAGGACCCCCUGAAUAAGCAGAAAGCAGUUACUAUAAAGAAAAUCCAUGAUAUUGAAGACGAUGAUGAUGAAAUAUCGAAUAAGCAUCGACAUCGGGCGGUGACCAAAAGUAGUGGGCUCCAAUUUGGUAAAAAGAAGAGACCCUUUUGA